CAACACCACAGACUCUCUCCCCACGCCAACCCACCACCAACGCCGGCACUCUUCCCGUCGAAGCGCUGCACAUUUCAUCCCCACUAUCCUGUAAUACAGCUUUGCCUUUACAAACAUGAGAGAGGUUAUCAGCUUGAACGUCGGCCAGGCCGGUUGCCAGAUCGCAAACUCCUGCUGGGAGCUCUACUGCCUUGAGCACGGCAUUCAGCCUGAUGGUUACCUGACCGAGGAACGCAAAGCUGCCCAGGACGACCAUGGCUUCAGCACUUUCUUCUCCGAAACUGGCCAGGGAAAGUAUGUUCCUCGCACGAUCUAUGCCGAUCUGGAGCCCAACGUCGUUGAUGAGGUCCGCACCGGAACCUAUCGUUCCCUCUUCCACCCCGAGCACAUGAUCACCGGAAAGGAGGAUGCGUCAAACAACUACGCCCGUGGCCACUAUACCGUCGGAAAGGAGCUCAUCGACCAGGUCUUGGACCAGGUUCGCCGUGUUGCUGACAACUGCUCUGGACUGCAAGGCUUCCUUGUUUUCCACUCCUUCGGCGGAGGAACUGGUUCCGGUUUCGGUGCGCUGUUGAUGGAGCGCUUGUCUGUUGACUAUGGCAAGAAGUCCAAGUUGGAGUUCUGCGUGUACCCUGCCCCUCAGGUCGCCACAUCCGUCGUCGAGCCGUAUAACUCCAUCUUGACGACCCACACGACGCUCGAGCACUCCGACUGCAGCUUCAUGGUUGACAACGAGGCAAUCUACGAUAUCUGCCGGAGGAACCUUGGCAUUGAGCGCCCCAACUACGAGAACUUGAACCGUCUCAUCGCUCAAGUUGUGUCUUCCAUUACCGCCUCUCUUCGGUUCGACGGCUCCCUGAACGUCGAUCUCAACGAGUUCCAGACCAACCUGGUGCCUUAUCCCCGUAUCCACUUCCCUCUCGUCGCCUAUGCUCCUGUAAUUUCCGCCGCAAAGGCCGCCCACGAGGCCAACUCCGUCCAGGAGAUCACCAACGCCUGCUUCGAGCCCAACAACCAGAUGGUGAAGUGCGACCCGCGCAACGGCAAGUACAUGGCCACCUGUCUGCUGUACCGCGGCGAUGUCGUGCCUAAGGAUACGCAUACCGCCAUUGCCCACCUUAAGACCAAGCCCACCAUUCAGUUCGUCGACUGGUGCCCGACUGGCUUCAAGGUGGGUAUCUGCUACCAGCCCCCCGAGACCGUUCCCAACGGCGACUUGGCCAAGGUCAACCGCGCUGUGUGCAUGUUGUCCAACACGACCGCCAUCGCCGAGGCAUGGUCCGCUCUCUCGCACAAGUUCGAUCUCAUGUACUCCAAGCGUGCGUUCGUCCACUGGUAUGUUGGUGAAGGUAUGGAGGAGGGUGAGUUCUCUGAGGCUCGUGAGGACUUGGCUGCGCUCGAGCGCGAUUACGAGGAGGUUGCUGCCGAUUCGAUUGAGGGUGAGGAGGGUCUUGAGGCCGAGUACUAGACUCUUGAGCCGGUAUUGCUACGGUGUGGUGCAUACGGUCCGGUAUAUUGUUCCAUGUCUGCAUGGUUAGCAUUGGUCGGAGCCUAGUCCCGCUUUGAUUGAAUGAGAGGCAUGGAGGUUUGGACUAUGUCUCCUGGAACAGAUUUCGAAGGAUAGGAGUGACCUUGUUCUCUUUAUUACACUCUUCUGUAAUGCGGUGCUACCAAUAAAUUGAUCUCUUCUCCU